UAACAAACCCACUCUGUUCCAUCCUGGGACAAAUCCGGAAAGAAUUUAACGUGCACUGAAUCCUUUACCGCACGGAGCUGAGCAUUUAUUGUAAUUAACACGAUUGCCCUAUCUUUCAUUUGGAAACAAAGAAAAAAAAACAAUAUUUUGCAAACCAAUUGGUCUAAAAUGUCAUUGUAGUUCCGAUUUUAUUAAAAAGAGCAAUUUACCCGUUUAGCUCACAGGCCAGCUCCAUUGAGAUGAACAUUGUUCGGAAACUUAAAUUAAUGAUACCGUGGAGUGUGUUGGUGUUUUAUUCACUUCUUCAGUUAUUUCAAGGAUUUUAUUGUGAAGGCUCAGCUCGUGGGCAAAACCAGUCAAAAAAGAACAGUUUUAAUACAAUUCGCCAGAAACGGAAUCUCCUAGCAGUUGAGGAUUAUAGCACAGCCAUUGCUGAACAUAGAAGUUUAAUCUACAAUUCUACAUAUCGUAUCGCUGAAGGUGUUUGUUCACAGGAUUGUCUCAAUGGUGGCUUUUGCAAUGGGGAUGAUACAUGUGACUGCAGUGAACGUCAAGCUAAUAGUAGUCGUUGUCAGACUGUUCCAAAUCUUGGCAAGGAUAGAGGAGGAAUAUGCAGAUCAUGGGGCCAAUACCACUUUGAAACCUUUGAUGGCCUCUAUUUUUAUUUUCCUGGAAAAUGCUCAUAUAUUCUUGCUAAAGACUGUCAUGCGACACAGCCUCAGUACAUGGUAGAGGUCCAUAACAGCGGUGAAUGUCCAUCUUCACACUAUUCUUGUUCAAGAUCUAUAAGCUUAUUUUUUCCAAAUGAAGAAAAAAUAACUAUUCUGGGUCAUUCAGUUAUGAAAGGAGGAAUCAGAUUACUGUUGCCUCAGACUGUUAGGCAUGCAUUCUUUGAGAGGCUAGCUGAUUACAUUCUUGUGAAAACGACUUUUGGAUUUUCCUUAGCUUGGGAUGGAUUCUCUGGUGUGUACAUGAAGCUCACAGAAGAACAUAAAGGCAAAUCCUGUGGCCUAUGUGGUAAUUUCAAUGGAGAUAUGUCUGACGAUCUCAAUACAAGUUAUAGCAUGCUGACGGAAAAUGUUGCUAUCUUCGGAAACAGCUGGAUGUCACAAUCUCCUUCUGAUGCCCCUUGUGCAUCUGUUUUACUUGAUUUCCAUAGUCCAUGUCGAGGCAAAGGAGCUGUAAUUAGUGAUAUCAUUGCAAAGUGUGAAGUUCUGAUGGGGUUUCCCUUCUUUACUUGUCGUGAAUAUGUUCAGCCUAAUCCCUAUAUUGCCAGUUGUAUCAAUGACCUGUGUAUGAUGGACGACAGUGAAACACAUUGUCGUGCAAUUACAGAGUACGCCAGGGCAUGCUCCCAUGCAGGCUAUCCUUUAAUGGACUGGAGAGACGAUUUUCCCGCUUGUACUGAUCAGUGUGACGAUAGUUUUGUUCACCGUGACUGUAUUAGUUGCUGCCCACCCACUUGCACAUUUGAAAAGGAAUGCUUGGGGAGUAGUCUGCACUGCCUAGAUGGUUGUUACUGUCCAGAUGGACUUGUCAUGGAGAAUGGCACUUGCAUAUCAGUAUCUACCUGCCCAUGUAUAUACCAUGGUACAGUCUAUCCAAUAGGAUCUCAUUUGCAGGAGGGCUGCAAUAUGUGCAUUUGUAGUGGUGGUGUUUGGAACUGUACAGACAACGAUUGUCCAGCUGAAUGCUCAGUCACAGGUGACAUGCAUUUUACUACGUUUGAUGGUCGGAUUUUUACAUUUCUUGGCACAUGCCAAUACAUCUUUGCGAAGAGCCGCAGAAGUAACCAGUUCAUUGUUUCAUUACAGACUGUGCCCUGUGGUCAGAAUCUGGACCACAGUUGCAUUCAGUCAAUAACUUUAAUCAUCAAAGGUGAUACAAGUAACCAAAUUACCCUAACAAGAGCAGGCGAAAUACGCCUCGGCAUCCAGCAAGCAAUUAGCCUCCCAUAUCAAAAUGGAAUUGUUGAAAUGCGUAGAUUAUCAUCUAUAUUUAUACAAGCGAAGACAAACUUUGGUCUCUCGAUGCAGUUUGAUAAAGAAGGUGGAAGGUUGUAUCUCCAGCUUGAUAAUAGCUGGAGAGGAAACACCGUGGGCCUAUGUGGAACAUAUAAUGGAAACUUACGAGAUGACUUUCUUUCCCCUGUAGGUAUGAUUGAAGGUACUCCACAGUUACAUGCCAAUGCAUGGAAGAUUUCAUCAGCUUGUGUAACUCCAAUAAAUAUCCCCUUGGUUGAUCCCUGUGAUACUAAUCAACAAAAUGCUUUAUAUUCGUCAACGAUGUGUGACAUUCUUAAUCAAGAACUCUUUGCACCGUGCCAUUCAUUUGUGAAUCCCAGCCCUUAUUAUCAGCAGUGUCGCUAUGAUGCUUGCAAAUGUGGAAGUUUAUGCAUGUGUACAGCCCUUGCACACUAUGCUUAUCUUUGUGCCAAACACAAGGUUCACAUUAACUUCAGAUCAGAAGCAUCGGAUUGUGGUAUCAUCUGCCCGGCUAAUAUGUUAUACCAUAUUUGUUCCUCCUCUUGUGGGCGGACUUGCCAGUCACUUUCUGUAAAUGAGAUUUGUGGUGAUGAUUGUGCUGAAGGCUGCAACUGCCCCAAUGGAACAUUCUAUGAUGAAGUAUUGCAACGCUGUGUCGUGCAAUCUCAGUGUUCCUGUCACUUUAUGGGAGGAAUAUUUCAGGCAGGAGAAGUCACGUACAGUAACUCAGGACCAUGCUUGUGUAGGAAUGGAAGGGUAGCAUGUGCACCUGUGGAGCCAGAACCUGAACCUGGGGAAUGUCCUAACAAUAAGAGAUAUUUUGACUGUCAAGAUCCUCAGCCUGGUCUGCCUUGGACAGGAGCAGCGUGUGAAGUCACUUGUGAAAACCUAAUGAUGAAUAUGACUUGUUCACCCAUGACUCCAUGUAUUUCAGGUUGUGUUUGUCCUCCUGGGUUCAUUAAACAUGGUGGAGAUUGUUAUUUGCCUGAAAAUUGUCCAUGCAGUUGGAAAGGUCAGGAAUAUUUACCAGGCGAAGUGGUUUCUACAGUAUGUUACACUUGUGUUUGCAUGCGAGGAGUUUUUAACUGCACAUACCACCCAUGUCCUGCAGUAUGCACGAUCUACAGUGAUCGUCAUUAUCGUAGUUUUGACGGACUGGAGUAUGACUAUGUCAGUGACUGCCAAGUGUACCUCGUGAAGAGCACUGCUAAUUUGAAUAUUUCAAUAACCACUCAGAAUGUGGAUUGCUAUGAUAGUGGAAUCAUUUGCAUGAAGUCCCUCGUGAUUUCUAUUGGAGGCACCCGUCUUCACUUCAAUGACAAUUCUGGCAAGCCAAGCUUAUCUGCGGUAAGGAAAGCAGUACAUGAUUUUCAGCUCUGGAAAGCAGGUUACUACUCAGUGGUACAUUACCCACUGCAGGAGAUUACAGUGUUUUGGGAUAGGAAGACAACUGUACAUAUUCAAGUUGGACCUCAGUGGCAAGGUAAAAUGACAGGUUUGUGUGGAAAUUUUGACAAACAUACUGCAAAUGACAUGACCACAUCAAACAACAUGGAAGUGAGCAAUGCUCAAGCUUUUGGAGAUAGCUGGGCUCUUGGUCAGGUCGACGUUACCUGGUUUUAUAAGAAUUGUCUUACAGACACGUGUAACUGUAACCGUGGUGGAGACUGUGAAUGUUUUUGUACCAGCGUUGCAGCAUAUGCACAUACAUGCUGUCAAAAAGGAAUCUCAAUCAGUUGGAGAUCACCCAGUGUUUGUCCUAUUGACUGUGAAUAUUACAAUCAAGAUCUCGGAGAAGGACCGUUUAUGUUCAUUAACUAUUUAUGCAAUGACACUGUUAUUGCAAACAACAAGAUCACUGGGGAUGUUGUACCUUUGCAAAUAAAUAAUGCUGGACAGAAUACUUUAAUGAAUUUCAUGAUUACACCUGGAUUAUACAAAGCAAAACAGUCAAAAUUCCCUGUUGUUUCGCUUGAGUCUGCUGAAAGACCCAAUUACUUCAUACAUGUUGGUGAAGAUGACAAUCUUCGCUUAGAGAAAUGGGAAGACAAUCAACGUUUCCAUAAGGAUGCUUCAUUUAUCCAUCACAAAAGCAACUGGAUCUCAGGCUAUAGUACAUUUGAACUCUACAGCAGGAAGGGCUAUUUUAUCACUCUGACACCAUCAGCUGUGAAAACAGCCCAGUAUGAUUAUUCUGAAUCAUUUAAACUUUCAAGCAGCUUUAGAAUUGAAGAAAGCAGCAUGGUUAUACCAUACAGAAUAACGUGUGAAUAUAGAUAUGAGGCCUGCGCCAGUCCUUGCGUCAAAACAUGCAGUGACCCUCAUGCAAUAGCCUGCAAGUUUUUGUCACCGGUCGAAGGAUGUUUAGUACAUUGCCCAAAGAACAUGCUUCUUGAUGAAGCCACCCACAGAUGUGUUCACCUGGAGGACUGCAUUAAUGUCACUGCAACAGAUUUGCCUUUUCUAUUGCCAACUACAACAUCUGCUACGACAGAGAGAACAUACAGUUCACCCACAACGUUAUUGUCUUCAACAGUAGGACAGACAACAACUGCCAUUACAGACCAAUAUACAAGUAUAUCAACUCCACUGACAACAGUUCCAGUCACAACGACAUCCCCUGUAACCAUUUCUACAUCAGCUUAUACAACAUCUUCUACAUCUACAGAACCUUCACUUCUAAGUUCCACAACGACUACCUCAACUUCUGUUGAGAGUUCCAGAACAACAAGUACUACAGCAGCAGUUACAAGUCAAUCUAGAACUCCCAUUCAUACUAUGGAAAAAAUACUGUCUUCCACUUUAAGUAGUACUUUUUUAACCACUACUCCUCGCACCAUAUCUGAUGGGAUUAGUUUCUCAGCACAUGGUACAGCAUCUGCAUCUCAGCCAGCAAUAUCAGCAACUCAAUACAGUACAAAAAUCACAACACUGCAACCAACAACUGUGGGGAAGACUGAAAUAUCUACAGAAGAGGUCACCAGGCGCUCUGUUACACCACUUACGACAACCAGUGCUACAUUGCCUCCAGAGUUAAGUGUCGGAACUGGGGCAGCACAAAGCAUGCAAUCAACAGCAGUGAUUUCCCCAGUUACUGUCUCAUCUACACAUGCUGAGGAGAAAACUAUAUCAGAAGCAUCCUCCGUGCCACAGACUUCUCCAUCUAAUCUGACGUCACCUACUUCAGCAGCUACAAUGAGUUUACAACCAGAAACUGCAGUUUCAUUUGGUAUCUCAACUGCACCCUCUUAUUCUCAAACUGCAGCUCCAUCAGUGACACCACCACAAUGCAUAUGUCCUUUUAAUAUAACACAGCCAAGUUGUGGCUUUCUUGGAAUGCCUAUCCAAAUAAACAAUGACAGGUGUUGUCCACAGUGGGAGUGUCCCUGUCGCUGCUCCAUGUUUUCUGACUUGCAUAUCAUCACAUUUGAUGGCAAUGAUGUGGGAGUAUAUGACGCUGCAGCCUAUGUACUGACUCUAUUGCCACAUGAAACUAUUGUUGGUCAUAUUGAACAAUGUCCUACCCGCGAGAGUGCAAAUUCUAUAAGGCGUCCUGUGCCAGGAGGAAAUUCUGGAUUGUGUUUUAAAAAGUUGAAUAUAACUUCACGUAACUACAAAGUUCUCAUUGAUCGACUGGAAAGAUUGACAACAGUAAACUCAAGACCUGCUCGACUUCCGUUCACAAAACUAGGCUUCCAUAUACAGGAUACUGGAGCGAUGUAUCUGAUUACAACUCCUGCUGGAGUUACAAUUCAAUGGUAUCGCAGUACAGGCGUCAUUGUGUUAGAAUUUGGUUUGCCAUCCAACAGAACUAUGGGAACUAAAGGCUUGUGUGGCUGUUGUAAUGGCAAUCCUGCUGACGAUCUCAAGCUACCAAAUGGAACCAUUGUCACAGAAUUUGAAAAUGUAGGCCUUUUCCUUGAAAGUUGGAUGGUUGAAACAUCUGGGCUAGAAACUAACUGCUUUAGAUGCCGAAAACAGAACUGCACCACUGGUAACUGUACUGCUUGUUUUGAUAUGUUGAAUCAGAAUCCUUGGACGCUGUGCCAUCAACAUGUUACUCCAGAAAUAUUUUGUGAACUAUGGAUCAGGGAUUUUCACUAUGUGACACAUCAAUGCGAUGCUUUGGCUUUAUAUGCAGCUGCUUGCAAUAAAUACAAUGUUUGCAUUCCAUGGAGGACUCCAGAAUUUUGUCCACUUAGCUGCCCCAUAGGCAUGGAAUACCAACCUUGUGUGCCAGCUUGUGAAAGUAAAACAUGUCAGAACAAAGACUUCUAUUUGGAGCACGACUCAACCUGUUCAUUUGUUAGUGAGAGUUGUGUUUGUCCUCGAGGAACUCUGCUGCAUCAACCAGACUCUAACUACUGUAUUACGGAAGAACAGUGUGCUUGCACAGAUAAUGAAGGCCAGCCACGGUCAGCAGGUGAGACCUGGAAUGGAUCACAUAAAGGAUGCUGCAUGUACAAGUGCUUGGGGAAUGGAACUGUUGUUGCCAUGGAACCUGAAUGUGUUGAAGUACCAUCACCAAUUUGUGAAAGAGAAGGAGAAAUAAUUAUUGAUGUCAUCGAGGAGGGAGCGUGUUGUCCAAAGAAAAUUUGUGAGUGCAAUUUGACCAUCUGCGGAACUGAUGUUCUGACAUGUGAGAAUGGAAAUAAGUUGGUGAUAGGCUAUAGUGCCAUUUCUUGUUGUCCUGAAUACCGAUGUGAAUGUGAUCCUCUGGCUUGUCCAACUAGUUCACCACCAGUAUGUAGAGAAGACCAAUUUCUUGUUGAAGUGCGAAAAGAUGAUUCUUGCUGUUUCUCCUUUCAGUGUGUGUGUGAGUCGUGUAUUGACCCAGUUCCGAUGUGCAAUGAGGGAGAUAUUCUUGCUGUAGACCUCAACACCACUGAUCGCUGCUGUCCAUCAUACCAUUGUGAGUGUGAUGAAAAUUUGUGCCCUCCUCCUGAUAAGAUCUGUACAGAUGGAACUAAACUAGUGAAGAAACCUAUUUCAGGAAUCUGCUGUCCUGAUUGGCAAUGUGCCUGUAACUGUGGGAACAAUACAAUUAUUUCAUGUAAAGUGGGAGAAGUUCUAACAGAGGACCUUGACUUUCAAAAUAUUUGUGGCUGUACUCGUUCUGUCUGCAAAAAGGCUGAUGUCUGUGUGUUCCAAAGUGUCACUGCAUUGAAACCAGGUCAGUCACUGGUUCAGCGCCUUGAGGGUGACCAAUGUUACAUCGCAAAUUGUUUGCAAAACACAGAUCCUGCCGCAGUGUCUCCUUUACUGGAAGUGUCUCUGGUUAGCUGUUCGGCAAAAUGUGAAGCUCAUCAAGUCUACGUUCCUUCAUCUGAUCCUCAUGUUUGCUGUGGAACAUGUAAGAAUAUGUCGUGCACUUUUGAAGAAGGUGGAAGCAUUGUUUUGUACAAUGCAGGAACAUCUUGGAUUACUAACUGUGUCAGAUAUGAGUGCCUGGAGACUGCUGUUGGACUUGUGGUACUUGGCUCAGGAGUUGUUUGCCCGCCAUUUAAUGAGACUGAAUGCAUACAGAGAGGAGGAAUCAUAAAGCUUUACAUGGACGGUUGCUGCAAGACUUGUUCUGGAUUGGGUUUAUUACCUUUUACCAUUAGUCCAGUAGUCCCAACUGGUAGUACUAACUGUGACACAGGCAAAGAAGAUACAAGGCCUUGCCGGAAGUUAGAUGUUAAAAUGAUCAUAAGAAAGGAUGACUGCCGCACAACUGGUGCUGUCAUUGUAGCUUCUUGUGAUGGCAAAUGCCCAUCUGCUAUGAUAUUCAACACUAAUAUCAACAACUAUGCAAGAUUCUGCAAAUGUUGUAGAGAAGUUGAGCUCACAGUUCAGACGGUACCACUUUUCUGUGCCGGAAAUGCUACUUGGAUUGAUUUUACAUUUCAAGAACCAACAGACUGUUCCUGUCAGUGGAAUUAAUCAUCUUUUAUUUAAGAAUCAUUGAUAUUCUUACAGAAUGGCCUAGAAAUUGGUUGAUGUCCACCUUAAAAGAAAGUGACUUCAGUAUUGAUAUAACAGGCAGUCUGCAUGUGCAAAUUUUGCAUUGAAAGUUCAUAGCCCACCUCAACGGUGAAAGCAGAAAAAAAGUGACGAGACCCUGUAUUUCAAAUAGACGUUAGUUUUGUUGCAUAGGCAUUCAUAAAUAACUCCUGUCUCAGAUCUCCUCUUCAUAUUUCUGCUUGCUGAAUGCUGCAAGAUUCAAGAAGUAGGUUUCAAAAACCUCAUAAAAGACCAUUGAAGGCUGCCGUCAAUAAGGGAAUAUUUAAAAGCAAACCUUAUCUGAAGUUUGAACCAGGAGGAAUAGCACUAUUCCUUCUAACUCCACAGCAAUGCCAAAGACCAUUGUCAACCCAAUAUUGAUUGCUGUUCCCCUCACAUGGCCUGAAAUUCGAGUUUAUUUCACCAUCAAGCAGCCUGGUGUCUCCCAGAGGAUGUCCAUAACUCACCAAUCUUAUGUAAAUGAGGCCAAAACCCAAGUACCAGCCCCCCUCCCAUUCCAGCAUGGGAAGCAUUCUGGCUGGAACCAAUUUCUAGGCCAAUGGCUCUUCAGAUACACAUUUCUGAACAUUGCCUGCAUGUUAGCAAUUGUUUUGUUAAAUGCUUUACCCUAAAUAUUUGUAAAUUUAUUACACGAUUAAUUUUUUGUGAUAACUUGUCAGCAGUGAC